GGCGGGGCUCCGCCCGGCUGAGCCGCUGCCGCUGGUGGUCUCAGGAAGCUGAGGCGCGGGGCCCGAAGCCGAGAGGAACCUGGACGGCGUCGGGCGCGAGGGCGGGCGUCCCCGGAGUCGUAGCGCGGGAGUCGGCCGUCGGCACUCGGCCUCCCUACUUGCAGGUUCCCUCCCGGGACGCGGGAGAACCCGGAGCGCGGCGGGGGUGCGCGGUGGAGCCGGCGGGGGCGGCCAAUGCGAAACUGGCUGGUGCUGCUGUGCCCGUGUGUGCUCGGGGCCGCGCUGCACCUCUGGCUGCGGCUGCGCUCCCCGCCGCCCGCCCGCGCCUCGGGGGCCGGCCGGGCAGAUCAGUUGGCCUUACUUCCCCAGUGGAAAUCUAGUCAUUAUGAUGUGGUAGUUGGCGUGCUGUCAGCCCGCAAUAACCAUGAACUUCGCAAUGUGAUAAGAAGCACCUGGCUGAAGCAUUUAGUACAACACCCAGCAUUAAGUCAACGUGUGCUUGUGAAGUUCAUAAUAGGUGCUCAUGGCUGUGAGGUGCCUGUGGAAGACAGGGAAGAUCCUUAUUCCUGCAAACUACUCAACAUCACGAAUCCAGUUUUGAAUCAGGAAAUUGAAGCAUUCAGUCUUUUGGAAGACGCUUCAUCAGGGCUCUCUGAGGACCGAGUUGUCAGCGUGAGCUUCCGAGUUCUCUAUCCAAUCGUUAUUACCAGCCUCGGGGUGUUUUAUGAUGCCAGUGAUGUGGGUUUCCAGAGGAACAUCACCGUCAAGCUUUAUCAAGCAGAACAGGAGGAGGCCCUCUUCAUUGCUCGCUUCAGUCCUCCGAGCUGUGGGGUGCAGGUGAACAAGCUGUGGUACAAGCCUGUGGAGCAGUUCAUCUUACCAGAGAGCUUUGAAGGUACAAUCGUGUGGGAGAGCCAAGACCUCCAAGGCCUUGUGUCAAGAAAUCUCCACAAAGUGACAGUCAAUGAUGGGGGAGGAGUUCUCAGAGUCAUCACAGCUGGGGAGGGUGCCUUGCCUCAUGAAUUCAUGGAAGGUGUGGAGGGAGUUGCAGGUGGCUUUAUUUAUACUAUUCAGGAAGGUGAUGCUCUCUUAAAAAAUCUUCAUUCUCGCCCUCGAAGACUUCUUGAUCAUAUAAGUAAUCUCCACGAGGAGGAUGCCUUACUGGAGGAGGAAAGCAGCCUCUAUGAUGAUAUUGUGUUUGUGGAUGUUGUUGACACUUACCGAAACGUUCCUGCAAAAUUACUGAACUUCUAUAAGUGGACUGUGGAAACCACCAGCUUUGACCUGCUGCUAAAGACGGAUGAUGACUGUUACAUAGACUUGGAAGCUGCAUUUAACAGAAUCGCCCUUAAGAAUCUGGAUGGGCCUAAUUUUUGGUGGGGAAAUUUCAGAUUGAAUUGGGCCGUUGACCGAACCGGGAAGUGGCAGGAACUGGAGUACCCCAGUCCCGCUUAUCCCGCCUUUGCGUGCGGCUCAGGGUAUGUCAUCUCCAGGGACAUCGUCCACUGGCUGGCUGGCAACUCGGGGAGAUUAAAGACCUACCAGGGUGAAGAUGUAAGCAUGGGCAUUUGGAUGGCAGCCAUAGGACCUAAAAGAUACCAGGACAGCCUGUGGCUGUGUGAGAAGACCUGUGAAACAGGAAUGCUGUCUUCCCCUCAGUAUUCUCCGCAAGAACUAACACAGCUGUGGAAACUGAAGGAGUUGUGCGGUGAUCCUUGUCGGUGUGAAGCAAGAGGAGGAUGAGGUCAAUUCGCAGUGUUAAGGACAACAGAAGUUCUGACACAGGAACUCUGAGGAGACGUGACAGCAAGCCUUUCACCUUUUGAAUUGUCAUGGAUUCUAUCAAGGAAAAGAAAAACCAUCAAGUUCUCUCAAAGGACAGUUACCUGUAAAAUGAGCUCACGUGACAAGAUGACAACUGUAAUGACAGCUGUCACUGUCGUUUCAUACUAUCAAUUUACCCAGGUAAACCCAGGGAACCAGAUCAGUGUCACCACUUAGGGGGUCGUUUGGGAGGCUGGGGGAAACGGGGCCGAUGAUUGACCUAAGUGCCCUUUGAUGGUGAGUUUUCAUACCAUUUCAGCGGUGUUUAAUAGUUCCUCCUUAACCUGAAUAAACCAGAAAUCAUAUUCUCAGCACAGAAGAAUAAACGUGAGUGAAAUCA